UAUAAAAGGGAGAGUGUUCUCCUGUAGAGAGAACACAACCAGAGGAUACUCUGAAAAAUUGCCAUCACCCUCCAAGAUCCUUUUCAGGAGCUUUACAGACAGGAUGCGGCAGCUGUGGGGGUGUGUGCUGGUCUCUGCCCUGGCUCUGGCCACCUUCUCUGAAGCUUCUCCAAAGCCAGCUCUGCUCCAGGACACUCCUCCAGGCCCAGAAGCCAGCAGGAGCCUGGGACUGGGCUGGCCAACGCCCCUGGGCUCUCCUUCCCACCACCGGAGACAACUCCGUCCUCAGGAGUUUCCUCACCUCAAGGCAGACCUAUCCAAGAAGCAAGGACCAUGGCUGGAAGAGGAGGAAGCUUAUGGCUGGAUGGACUUUGGACGCCGCAGUGCUGAGGAGAGGGACCAGCUCCCCUAGCUUGUAUCAUCCCUGUCCUGCCCCCACUCCUCCUCCAUCUCGCCCUCUGUUCGGUGCCAUCUCAAAAUAAACACUUUUUCACCCUAAA